AUGAUGAAGCGUCUGAUCCCAACGUUCAACCGCAUCCUCGUGCAGAGAGUCGUCCAGCCUGCGAAAACCGAAAGCGGCAUUCUCCUUCCAGAGAAAUCCACCAAGCUCAACUCCGGCAAGGUGAUAGCCGUCGGACCCGGAUCAAGGGAUAAAGACGGGAAAUUGAUCCCGGUCUCUGUCAAGGAAGGCGACACUGUUCUCCUUCCAGAGUACGGUGGUACACAAGUCAAGCUCGGCGAGAACGAGUACCAUCUCUUCAGGGAUGAGGAUGUUUUGGGCACGUUGCACGAGGAUUGA